AUGAGCGGUAGCUGUGGUAUUAUAGAGUAAGUUUUUACUUUCUAAAAUUCCAAAGCCUAUCUUUUCGUUUCAGCCCGGACACGCCUCCACCCAAGAUCUUAUACAAAAACCGGCGUGCUGUGAACGGAGAGGCCUACGAGCCAACUCAUCACGAACACGUGGCAAAUACAGUAUCCCAUGCAGUCGGCAUUGGACCCUCCAUACUCAUUUUCCAUUAUUUUAUGUGCGCCUAUGCUCACCGCGAACUUCAGCACGUUCUCAUGGUUGUGUACGGCGUCUUCACGACACUCUUGUUCACUUCUAGCACCAUUUAUCACUUUUGCGAACUUUUGUUCAGAGAAAACAAUAAGUGAGUUCUGGGAACAAAGCUACGUGAAAUUUCAUUUUGUUCAGACAUCGAAAGCUCCGGUAUUACUUGCACAUUUGCGAUCGAGCAGCCAUAUACAUGUUCAUCGCUGCUUCUUACACUCCGUGGCUGACAUUACGGUAGGACUGGAUUCGCUAUUCACAUCAUAAACUGUGUAUCUAUUCCAGACACUGCGGUCUGCCCGGCCUCAACUUGAAGUGGAUGAUUUGGGUGUUCGCCCUGCUCGGCAUACUGUAUCAGUACAAUUUCCACGAGCGUUACAAGACCCUCGAGACGAUCCUCUACAUUCUCAUCGCCGCCGGACCGUCCGUCGCCAUUUUUACGAUGAACGAUAGGACGGGUCUCGAGUGGAUGAUGAUCGGAGGGAUUAUGUACGCCGUCGGAGUCGUCUUCUUCAAAAUGGACGGGAUUGUCGCGUUCGCGCACGCAAUUUGGCACAUUUUUGUGCUUUUAGGUGCGAUUUUGGAACGUUUUUUCUUAAAUAAAUACAAUAGGUUGGUUUUCAGGCGCUUCGUGCCACACCUACGCCGUCUACGCCUUCUUGUUGGGUCCCGACAAGAACAAUCCAGUGCCGGAGGUUUAG